CUAGGACUAUGAAGAAAGAAGAUUUAAACCAGAAACGAGUAUGUGACAGUGGCCCACAUCAUCACGAGGCAGCAGCUCACCUGACACACAUGCAUUCCAUGUUGAACAAUUCUCAAAAUCAUAGUAGCAGUUUACAAGAAUUAUUUUAUUUUAACACCAGGAAUUGUUCUCUCCUUAACACUAUACCUCUGCCUUCUAUUGGCAAUGAAAUGCCUCUGAGUUUGAGUGAAUCAGCAGAGAGGAACUCAAGUGCAGCUGUUCCUUGGAAGGAUUCAUUUCAUCUGUGUUUUUCUUCUCGGAAAGACAGUCUUGAUAGGGUUUCUCACUGCAUUAAUAGUAUUUCAGUAAUGGGCUGGUUGGAGAAAGCUUGUAGUUUUGCUGGAGACUUUAGCUCAUGCUGUCCGGGAGACAACUUUGUAUGUUUUGCACACCUCUGGCUGGGAAGUUUGCAGUAUAAUAAAAAACUGCAGUUUCUGGAAUUAGAAACGAGCAGUAGCAAAGAGAAUGAAUCGCAGCUUGCAUUUCUUAAAGAGUUGGAGCUUGGUGGACUUCCUGAUCUCUCUUCUAUUCCAGUUGCCUCACUGAAUGAAUAUGCUGUGGGACUCUUAAACAACCAGAAACCAGGUUUUCCUCUUUGUUACUUAAACCUUGUAUCUUCAGAGCAAACACUUGGAUACAAGCAAAUGCUUUCAAAUAUACAAUAUGUGACUAAUGAUUUUCACACCAUACAGCUAGUAAUUUCUGUGCUAGCUUUUGCACUAGCAGGUCUCUGGUAUGCAGUAGUGAAGGACUGUGAAGACUGCACUUUCUUAGAAACUUUGCCAAAGUUUGCUUUCUUUCUCCAUUUUUCCUCCCUUGCCCCUCCUUAUAGGUAUACACACACACUUUUAAUUCUUGGAAGCAGCAAGCCUGUACGUACUCUCCUCACAUAUCAUCUUAUUGUCAAGUUAUUCCUUUUGUUUUUAUGGCCUGGUCUUACCUAUAGUUUCCUUCUCUUUCUUCCCCAUCAUUUCUCAGUAUAGGCAUAUGCUGAUAUUCUGUUCCAUUUCAGAAACAAUCCCCUGUAAUUAAUUACGCAUAACAAAUUGACAGAAACUAUGUAGAGAUGUAAGCAUCCAUAGUCUGUCAUUAGGGUGUUAUGGCAAGUGGUAUAUCUGACAGAGCAGUAGGUAGUCAAUGUGACAUAUUUCUGCUUUUUCCCUUCAAAACAGCUGCUUUGAUUAAAAUAUAAUUAAUUUGAAUUUGUAGUACCUCUGUCAGCUGAGAAUUGUAGCUAGAAUUUGGGGCUUAUCAAACACAUUGAGGUCAGAACUUAAACAGUUACACUAGCUUCAAUGCUCUUUAGAUUUUUAAGUUAUUAGUACAACUUUCUGAAAAAUUCACAUGAAUGUACUUGUAAUAUUUUGAAACUUUUUUCUAAGAGUGCAUAGAAUAAAAUGUGUUCUGACACUUGUUUCUGUGAUGCACAGUCAGUAACUGGGGAAAAAAGAACUUUUUAGGAUUUUU